GAAAACUUGGGGUGUUUCCCAACAUUUGGCACCCGAACAGGGACACCCAACGAGCAGGGACCCUGCCUGGGUUGUGUGGUUUGAGGACCGCAGUAACUUCCGUUGCAUUGUUGGCAGCGGAAGGGGUUUUUGGCUUAACCGGGAGGACCCGGGGUGCGGGUCCGGGGGUUAAAGAAGCUGGCCAGCGUGGAGCCCCCCUCUUCGCCGGCAACUUGUUUUAGAAGUGGACGUCGCGAAGAUGGAGCGGGAGGUAGCCCAACAACUUUUAUUGCACUUUUUAGAAAAGCGGGGACUUUAAAGUUAAUUCCUAAUAUAUUAGAUUAUGGUCGUUCAGUGGGUGCGUUUUUGCACACUGGAACAUUGUUUAAUGUCAAAUAGUGGCUCUGCAAAGGCGUUACCACAUGGGAUCUUUUUGAUAUGUGGUGAUAGAGCUUGGGCUGGUAUUCCUAAAAACGUUGUGGGAGGUCCAUGUUACUUGGGAAAGUUAACAUUGUUUGCCCUGAAACAGCAGCAGUGGUUAACAAUAGAUAGUAAACUUAGAAAUGCUUCCCACGAAGAGCUUCGGUCUCUUCAAAUCCUUGACAGCACCUGUUUUGAUGAAGUACAGCUGUGGAGCGUGACUGCUAGGAUUUUCGCCUCAUUCCUAGCCCCAGGAGUUGCUGCCGCCCAAGCCUUGAAACAGAUCGAACGUCUAGCGUGCUGGACUGUUAAACAGAGCAAUCAUACUUCAGAGAUCCUUGAAGAAAUGUUGGAAGAUAUGAACAGCCUUCGCCAUGCAGUGCUGCAGAAUCAAGCCACGAUAGACUUUCUUUUACUUGCUCAAGGGCAUGGCUGUAAGGAAUUUGAUGGAAUGUGUUGUUUUAAUCUUUCUGAUCAUAGCAAAUUGAUUCAAAAGCAAAUUCAUUGGUUGCUUAAUCACACUCGAUCUAUUACUAAAGAUCAUAAUCCUAUUGAUGAUUGGUUGCGUUCUGUGUUUCCAGGUCUUAUUCCUUGGGUAUAUGAUAUUAUUAAGGAAGGUGUCAAAUGGAUCUUAAUCAUUAUCCUACUUGUGAUAGUUGCUAGAAUAUUGUAUAGUUGUCUGCUACGUGCCACCGCGCCAAAAGCUGCACUUGUUGUGACUGACAACAAGGAUCAGGACAUUAUCCAUGAUUGGCUACAAGAUCAAGGGGGGCACAAUCCGAAGGAUUGUUUUGCCCUGCAACCUUAAAAGAAAAAGGGGGGAAUUGUUGCAGAGCGAUGUGCUCGGGAGCACGUAGCCACCGUAGCUAAUGAUUCACUAAUGACUUACGAUGUCAUCUUAAAUGAAAGAAAUAGAUUGAUAAGUACAGGUGCAGGUGCAGUGGUGUGUAUAGUACGCUGCAGCUUAGCAAGAUGUUCUGUAUACAAAAAAUGCUUGGGAAACACCAUUGUUCUCUGAUACGCUUGGUUGCAUGAAACCUGGAUCCUGUAAACAAGUAUGCUAUAUAAGGGCUUGUUGCUACAAUAAAGUUGAAGCUGCAUCCACUCACAUUGAGUGGUCGUGCUUCCCCACGCGAGGAGGGCAACCCUUUAGGAAAACUUGGGGCGUUUUCCCAACAUUAUUCCUCUCUAAGAAAUGAAAAUACCUGGAAAUUAUAUGCAAUGAUGAGCUAAAAUAGAAACUAUUCAGAAUUUGCUGCUCUAUAUAAAAUGGGUUUGAUGAAACAGAAUUGCUAUAUGCCGAAGCCAUUUUGAGAGUGGGAAGGUGGAAAAAAACAGAUGCGUAUUCUGGAUCACCUACAUGUGACUGGAAAACAUUGUAUCUGAAAGAGGAGGGAAAAAAAAGAUCAUCUAUUGCAAUGUAGCAGUAAGUGGAUAAACAUUCAUCAGUUUUGAAUGUUGAUACAUGGUUUCCCAUGGUACCAGAAAGUUACCUUGGGCACAUAUUUAGUUCCAACCAUUACUAUUGAUGGUUUUUAUUAGAUAUAUGAUAUCAUUUAUGUUCAGUGUACAAAUAUCUGACACUCUGAAAGCUAAGAUUAUAAAAAGUAGUAGUCCGUGGCAUGAGUAUGUGACGCUCUUUCAGGAAAAAGUCGUCAGUUAAUAGUGAAUGUGUUUUCACCACCUUUCAUGUGUCUAAGUUUGGAGUAAUGUGUUACAGCUGGUGAGAAAAAAAUUAAAGAAUAAGGUUUUUCUGUUUUUAA